UUUAUAUGGGGCAAUGACUGCUGGAGCCUGAAAAGAGAGAGACAUCUCCUUUGCAUGGGUACCACAAUGCUGAGGUUUCAUGACGGAGGCCUGUUUUGUGGGGCUCAAAGAGUCCUCUUUUGUAUGGCCAUCCUUUCACUGGCUGUCUUGGGUUACACUGCUGAUGUCCCACGCCACUGCCAUCAUACCAUGAUGAAUUUUUGGCUAGCAGCCAAUUGCCAAGCUCAAAGCCACAAGACAGUUCCCAAAGUUGACCCCUCCAUAGAGGUCCUCCUGCUGAAUUUUAACCUGUUCUCCACCAUCUUAAAUUCUACUUGGCCCCAAAUGGAUUCCCUGCGGAUGUUGUCCCUUGGGAAGCAGUUGGGAGGAUCACUCUUUGUGGGAGAGAGGGCCUUUCAGAACGUGGCUGGUAUCACAUUUCUGGACCUUGGAGGCAACAGGAAUGUAACGCUGCACCCUGCUGCUUUUGCAGGCCUGACCAAACUUGAAGUGUUACUCUUGGAUUUUAAUGGCUUUGAUGAUAAAGUUUUGGAAAAUAGUUACUUCCAGGAUUUGGUGUCCCUGAAGAGACUGGAUCUUUCUGGAAAUCACAUCCAGAGACUGAGGCCUGAUUCAACCUUUCAACAGCUUGGAAAGCUGAGCUUCCUUCAGCUGAAACUCAACAGAAUUGAGAGGAUUUGUGGGGAUGACCUACAGAACCUCAAAGGCCACCAUCUUGCCUUGCUUGACCUGUCUUCUAACCGUUUGCUCUACCACCACACCUGCACCAACCCUUUCCACAACAUCACACUGGGGACCCUGGACAUCUCUUCCAAUCCAUGGAAUGCAAUGCAAGUUGAACAGUUUUUCACAAGCUUAACUGGCACACAUAUCCAGAACCUCAAGAUGCAAUACUCAGGGGCAAUUGGAAGCUCAUUUGGUUUCCGUAAUGUGAAGGACAUUUCAGCUAGGACCUUUUCUGGGCUACAUGACAGUGGUACCUUCUCCCUUGACCUGUCCCACAGUUUCCUGAAUGAACUAGUCCCCUCUGUCUUCUCAGCUUUCUCAGAUCUCCACAUCCUGUUCUUGAGGUCCAAUAAGAUUACCGAGAUUCAUGAUGGAGCCUUCGUCAAGCUGAAUCAAUUGCAAGUUCUUGAUCUCUCCAACAACAUUCUUGGGGAGCUGUACACAAAAGCACUCAAAAGUCUGAGGUCAUCACCCCUUCAGAAUCUCAACCUGAAGUCCAACCACAUUGGAAUUGUUCAACAUGAUGCUCUUGUGGGGCUGAAUUACUUGCAAAUCCUUGACUUACAGGACAAUGCUCUCUCACAGGUACCAAAGGGCAAACUCCCAUCUCUGCAGCGUCUGAUGCUGGGGCAGAACAGGAUCGGGGACACCUGGGGCAUUGAGCAUCUUAGUCAGAACCUUACACACCUUGACCUCUCCUCCAACCGUCUGAGUGACCUGGGGCAGCUCUGGGAGCAGCUAGAGAAGAUUCCCUCUUUGCUUUUUCUUAAUCUCUCAAACAACCACUUGGCGAGAUGCUUCAGGAUCCGAGAAGGCCCCAGAUAUCUCAGAGAACUGGAUCUUUCCCAUAACAACCUGGCAGGUAUCUGGAAAGCAGGAAAAUGUGUGGGCAUCUUCCAUCAUUUAGAGAGGCUGAUGGUCCUGAAUCUCAGCUCUAGCAGCCUCAAGGCCUUGCCUAAGGAUCUUUUUCAGGGGUUGGUGUCUCUGCAGACUCUGGACCUCUCUGAGAACCUCCUGUCCUUACUUCCAGAGGAAGUAUUCCUUGACCUGCAGUCUUUGCGCACCCUCAGCCUCCGUGGGAACCCUAUGAUGACCCUCUCACCAUCCAUAUUCCAGCCGCUGAUUUUACUGCAGACUUUGGAUCUGCAGGAGUUGACCUUGUUUUGUCACUGUGGCCUUGCCAACUUGCAGACGUGGCUGCAGAGCAAUAGCAUGGCACUGAAAAGAUCUGUGGCAACAGGGAUCCCUUGUCUUCUUCCUGCUCCAUCUUUCACACAGGUCUCCUUGUCCUGGUUCCUCCACAACAAUUGUAAUGUGCAGGGCUUUUUUUGAGCAGGAACACACAGGAACGCAGUUCCAGCUGGCUUGGUGUCAGGGUGUGUGGCCUAAUAUGCAAAUGAGUUCCUGUUGGGCUUUUUCUACUAAAAAAAGCCCUGGUGAUGUGUGGUAAAAGGACCUCCUCACCAUACCACAAAUUGCAGCAAAUUGAAUUGGAAGCUGGGGAAAAUAAACGUUUGAAUUUGCAUGCUGCUAAUGCUCAGAGGCUUGUUUAACACAGCCUUCUCAGGUGCUACAAGCUACAGAACAUGCCUCAAAGCCAGCUUUCUGCCUGUCUGCUUAGAAAAAUGGCAACAGAGUCCACUAUGGACGCUGAUAUAAGCCCUAUGGUAAACCUCCUCUAACAAGGAGGCAUUUCUAUCAACUGAACUGAGCUUCCUCGCCUCACCCAGUGUUCCCUCUAAGCUGAGUUAGUGUGAGCUAGCUCACAGUGUUUUUAGCCUCUGGCUCACACAUUUUUGUCUUUGCUCAGGAAGGAUGGCUCCAGAGCAAACUAAUUUAUGCAAUAGCUAAAGUGCUCUCUCACUAUUUUAAUGCCAGUAGCUCACAAAGUACAAUUUUUGCCACAAGACUACAUAUCUUACAGGGAGCAUUACCCCAUCCAACUCUCCAUACCUUCUCCCCAAAAUGUUAAUCUUGGUGGUGGGCAGUGCUGGAUUAAACCCUGUGGAGGUCCCUGGGCAGUCAAAAUCUCAGGGCUUCUCUCACAAAUUAUCUCCUGCAGGCACCUUCUCGAAAGCCCCUUUGACAAAUCUGUGGUGGAGAGGCAGAGAGAGGCUAACUGGCCCAGGGCCCCUAGAGGUGUGGGGGCCCAUAGGCUGGUGCCUACUCGGCCUAUUUGUUAAUCCGGCCUUGGUGGUGGGGAUUAGCAUGACGAGUGAAUUGGAGGGCUUCUGUGAGAGGGAGGAAACUAUGAAUCCACCUUUUGUUAGUGGAAGUUUACAGUGUGAUCCAAGCCAUUAUUUCUCAGACAAGUAUUCUAUAACUGUUUUAAAUAGGGUUAUCAAGUAACUCCCCCCCCCCAGCAUCCAGGAGAGGGUGGGAGGUAGGUUUGCCAGAUCCGGGUUGGGAAGCUCCUGGAAAUUUGGAGAUGGAGCUUGCAUAGGACAAGGACCUCAGUGGAGUACAAUGACAUAAAGUCCACCCUCCAAAGUAUUUUCUCCAGGGGAACUAAUCUCUGUAGUCUGGAGAUGAACUGUAAUUCCAGGAGAUCCCCAGGCUCCACUUGGAGCCCAGCAUCCCUAUUAAAUAUGAAUAUAUUUUUUCUGAGAUCCUGUGCAGUGUCACAUUCUCAGUGGAAGUGCAAUUUCCACAGGGCUUCUAUUGGCUGGCCUGGUCCUAAUUGAAGUGCCAAUUUUCCUUUCCCCUUACCUUAAUUGUUUACAAUGCAGUGCAAAAUCAGGCAGAUCUGGGUUCAGAUCCCUCACACAGACAUUAAACUCCUUGGAUGGCCUUGAACCAGUCAUUAUCUCUCAACUUAACCUACCUCACAGGAUUGUUCUGAUUUUAAAUGUUUGCAGAGUGAUUCUCCAGAGCUGCUCAUCUGAGCAAAGCCUUUUGAAGUCCCCACUACAAAUGGAUAAGAUUAGUAGCUGCCCCUACCCUGCAUUUUCUGUAGUGGCUUUCACCUGGUGGAAUGGCCUGUCUGAUGAGAUCAGGGGGGUUCCACACUCCUAUCGUUCCACAGAAUGCACAAAACAGAAUAGUUCAAAAGGGCAUUUUUAUAAGGUGAAUAAGGUUGUCGUUGAUGCCAGUGUCACAUAAGGCAGUCUUUGUUGCAUAUAUUAUUAUUAUUAUUAUUAUUAAUAAUAAUAAUAAGUUGUAUUUAUUGAAUUGUUUUCUAAUGUUUGCAAUCAUCCAUUGUAUCUAAUGUUUCACUGCAUUGAUCUCCAAUCCAAUCCUAUAACUCCGGGGUUAUUGUCUACAUUACACUGUGUUUGUAGCAUGGGGUUCUUUAAUUCUGGGUUGGCUGUAUCUGUUAUACCUGUUCUUAAAUCGUAGUUUGCCUUAAGUGUCAGUGAGAAAGAUGGACUAGAAAUGAAGCAAAUAAAUGUUAUAUUACUGUGCAAAA